AUGCCAUAUAAUUUACUAGAGAAUUAUGUUCAAUGCACAUACUGUAAGAGUGUUUUAAAGCAUAAUAAUACAACAGAAACCAGUACUUUAAUUUGUCAUAUGAAAAAUACAAAAUAUAAAAAAUAUAUGAAGGUCAAUGAAUCACAACAAACGUUACAAUUAUCUGCAUUAAGCCUUGUUACUUAUAAAUUUUCACAAGAAAGAAGUCAUCAAGAUUUGUCAAAAAUACUUAUUAUGUGUGCAUAUCCAUUUCAUAUGAUAAAAGCCAGUAUAAUGAUACAAGAAGCUCCUGGACAUCUGAGUUACACAACUGAUUUGUGGACAUCGAAUCAAAAUCUUGAAUAUAUGGUUGUUAUAUGUCAUUUUGUUGAUAAGAAUUGGAAACUUCAAAAACUAGUCUUAGCUUUUAAAAUAAUUCCAGCACCAUAUACAAAAAUUACCAUUAGCAAAAUGCUUUUUAAUAUAUUUGAAUAUCUUGCAUUACGAGAUAUUAAUUUUGAACAAAUUAUGUCUUCUGAUGAAGAUUAG